AUGUGUAAAUUAGGUAACAAGAAAAGCGAUCACGACUGCAGAAAAAAUUUUACAGGAACAGCGAAAGCUAUGGAACCUGAUAUGGCUGUUGAAUUGAUAGUUCAUAAUACUUUGCUCAAAGAGAAAAAUGUUAAAAUAAAAACGUUAAUUUCUGAAAAUGAUUCCAGUACUCCAGCUGCUGUGCGUAGAUCGGCUUCGUAUGAAAUAGAAAAAUUGUCGGAUUAUAAUCAUACUGUAAAAUCAUUUACUAGCGCUUUAUAUGGGAUGAAACUUUCACGAAACUUAAUAGAAUACUUUUCUCAUUGUUUUUCACAUGCUAUAAAACAAAACAAAGGGAAUAGUGAAGCAGUAAAGCAAACUCUUCUGAGUAUAAUAUCUCAUGCUUUUGGUGAGCACACAACUUGCGGAGAUUGGUGUAAAACAGAUGCAGAAGGAAAAUAUGUUCACAAACAUUUGCCUAAUGAAAAGCCGCUAGAGGAUCCUCAACUACGUCUUUCAUUGAUCAAAAUUAUUUCCCGAUAUGUUAAUAAUGUCGAUAAGAUAGCCCCGUGUGGAUCAACUCAAGCAAAUGAGUCUAUGAAUAAUAUCAUAGCACAGAAGUGUAUCAAAUCCAGAUAUUAUGCAAGUUCUGAAUCUUUAAAUUUUAGAGUUGCAGCUGCAGUAUGCCAAAAGAAUCUUGGUCAUAAAUAUAUGGAAAAUGUUUUUGACAAGCUUCAGUUGACAUCCACUCAGGAAACUAUCAAAUUUCGACAUCAAAAAGAUAUGAAACGGGAGAAAAGAGCUCUACGUUCUAAACAAGUAGCUUAUAAAAAGAAAGGCUAG